AUGGCUCUUUCUUGCGGUGCGACGUGGAUGGCGGUGCUUCUGCAUGCGUUGUGCGGCGGGCUUUUCUUUUCCAUGUCUUUGCCCUUGUGUGUGGAAAAGCUGCGGGAAAGGAUAUGUGUGCGGGAGAGUGAGCGUGGGUGGCUGCCAGCCUCGCCCCGCGCAUUGGGGGCUUCCACACACGUGGCUCUGCUUGACGGCGUUUCGCGGCACCCAGGGCGUGGCGAGGAGGAGGGUGGGGAGGAUCUGUUGUGGGCAGAAGGAGGAUGGACAGGACAGUCCCCUUCCGUGUCCUUCCCUGUGUUGUUGGCAGUACAUACUGAGGGCGUAAACUUGAGCGAGUGCGGGAUGAAAGGUUUAUGCCGCUUUGUGUGUGCUACUCAAUCGUCGUCAUUGCAGGCUGUCCUCACGGUGCGUUGCGGUGCGGUGCUGUUAGAUGAGGGAAGGACGCGGUGCCACGGCUGCUGCGCACCACGACCAUUUAUUGCCUCUGCACCGUCAUUGUUGUUUUUCAGUUUGUGUGAAAUUUUUCUGCGCUCGCAUAAUGUUUUCUUUUGCUUAACGAUGAAUUUGUUGUGGGAGCUUUGGUUUUGGUGCCUGCUUCACGGCGCUUCGCCUCGUGUGUCGGUUGCGGUGCUUCCACGUGGUGCCAAAGCGUUUGAUGGGGUGUUUGCCCUUCUUUUCGCGCCCUGCAGCCGACCUUGUUUGGCCAUGGCGGCAGCAGUGGGGCUCUGCGACUGCGCGCUUGCCGUGCGUGUCUCAUCUUUUGCCGCUGCUCCCUCGUUGUGUUGGUGGGGGAGGAGGCGAGCGACUGCGUUGGUGGAGUUGCGCCCCAGUGGGAGAGGGAAGGCACCGACCGCUGCUAACGGCGACGGUCUUUGCUGCAGGCGAUGUGACGGGAGGACGUCACCGGUGUCACAGUUAACCGAGAUGGAUGAGGGCCGCACUGCGUCUCCCACCCCUCUCAUCAUCCUCUCUGUCCACUGCAGUCACACGCCACACGCACCGCAGAGCAGCGGCGCGACCACCAUCCGGAUGUCUGUGAGCCAAUUGGAAUGCAAAAUCGAUGUGGACCUUUUUCCCCGUGUUUGA